GUAGGGAUCUUGUCCAGUAGACAGGCGAUCAGGAGAGUAGGCAUGCUGAAACAGUGCAUGCAGGAACCUGUCUGUUAUUAUCCUGCGUUUAUUAAACAGCGUUGAAUUAUGAACGACUGCGGCUUUAAAUAAUAACCCGCAUAAAGGAAAUUAUUGGUAAGCAUCACUGAAUCUAGGGACAGAGAGAGAGAAAGGCACAUAACAGAAAGCAACCGGCGGGUCUGGCUCUCUGUGUCAGUGUGUGUGGGAAUGGCAGCUCCCCGACCGAUUAAAGGCAUCCUGAAAAACAAGAACAGCGGCAGAAACCUGAAAUCCUUGUCCGACGAGGCGCCGGCGGAGGUGACCGAGCAUGGCCCGGGACUCUCGGAGGAUGACCACCAAAAGAAAUCUGCCAAAUGGGAUGAGAUGAACAUCCUAGCGACAUAUCAUCCUCCAGACAAGGACUACGGCCUGAUGAAGAUAGAUGAACCCAGCACACCUUAUAACAGGAUGGUUGGGGACGACGAUGAUGAGGGGACACUCAGUGACUCAGAAGGCCACGGCGGUGGGCUCGCGCCUGAUGACCUGGCCUCAAAGCUGGAGGAAGCUGAGGGGGCGGAGCCACGCUUCAUGAAAGAAGCGGAAGAGAGCAGCGAGGAGGAGGAAGAGGAGCUGACUCCACAAGUGCAAGCCAAAAAGAAGCAUUUUCAGAUGAUGAGGAAGAUGCACUAUGAUGAGGGCAUGAACAUAAGGCUGGCUCGCGAGCUCAUUGCUAAAGAACUAGAAGAAGAUGAUGACGAUGAAGAGAUGAGGGAUGACACAGAGGAUCCAAGGGACAACGCAGAGGAGACGGAGGAGAUCAGUGUAGACCCGCCACAGGAAGCUGAUUCCCUAGAGUCGUAGAUGACUUCUCCCACCGUCAGCGCCGUGGCAGAUCAAGAUUCAGCGAGAUCCGCCCAUCGGAUCUGUGACUGAAAGCAGAGACGUUAAGGCAAACACCGCUUCACCACCUGUCCAACAUCUCCCAGCAGCCAAUAAGAUUACCGGUCCCCUCCUUGUCUCCACUAUUCCCAUAAAACUGUGCAAUAUAACCUCUAUUUUUAAUUUUAAAAAUGGUUUUCAGCUCCAGGAAUAUAUCCGAAAUGCACACACGAAGGCUGUUGCUUGUCCCUCCUCCCUCUCCUGCUGCCAAGAAUGCCCUCCUCUCACCUCUCCUGGACUGAUGUCGCACUGAAGAAUCUAUGACUCAGACACUGAAAAGAGGAUCAAAGUCUUUUUAAAAAUAAGAAUAAAAAAUGACAAGAAAAACCUCACAACAUUGAGCUUAUUCUGGCUGAAACAGCUUGUUGGUUGUGGAAGAAGCCAGGGGGAAACCCCACGGCCUCUCUGAAGGGUUUUAUGUCACAUGAUGGAGUUUCCAGUGGCUGCAACUCGGAUCUUUUUCUUGUUUUCCUUUCUGAUCAAUCACACCGCUGCAUUUUUAUUUCUACUGGCUGUAUGUCUUUAGGAAUAGUUAAAUUGCUAAAAUAACAAGGCUUCUCCACAUACAAUAUUGAAAUGACAUGAUUACUGGUUUGGGGAAUAUAUUAAUCCAAAUUGUGUUAUUAAAAUAACAGGUAUUUUUCAAGGAAGAACAUUUGACUCAUUCUUGAUUGUCCCACUUGGAUGCUCAUUUUCAGUUUCUCAUUUCCAGUUUACAAGCAUUUCUAAAUGUCACCAGAUAUCUUGAGGUACAUUUUUCAUUCAAUGGAAUCCUUUUUCAUCCCUUCAAGAUAAUUUUGUUAAAGAAUAAGACAGGACAAGCUGCUCGGUCGUCCGUGUUUUCCUUCCUCUGUGUAAAAUCCACAGUAUUUUUGAUUGUAAAGUUGGCGAGAAGAGACUGUAUGGAAGUGCUGCUGCUGAACUUUGGUAUGUGCUACUGAUAGACCUGGCGAAUAGGUAUUAGAUGAACAGUCUGAGCUGUGCCAAGUUAUUUGAAGGAAAGUCAGAACAAUGUUGUUUAAUGUUUGUUUUUUUUUAACCUGGCUUAAUCCACGGUUUUAUUUUAUUUUUUACAAUGUUUGAUCUGCUUGCAUGACUCAGCUCAGGAUCAUCAUAGGGCAGGAGGAAAUGAUUGUAAUGCUACUGACUGAAGUCGGAGGACGUUGGAGACAAAUUAAACCACUACAGCUCAUUGGAGGUGUGUUGAGGACUUGAGUUCUCUUUCAAGGUUCAGCCAUGUGUCACUGAAUAGUCUUAAAAGGAAAAAGAAAGCCAGUCACUCCCGUGUUGACUGUAAGACUUUUCUGCAUACGCUGGGAACUCAGUUAAGUAUGGAGUAGAAAAAGCAUGCAGGAAUCAUGAGCAUGUCUUAUGUUAUCUCUUUAUUUUCCCCGUUGCCCUUUAACGCCCCACUGUGACCGGACACGUCGAGCUUUAUGUUGCGGAAAUACUGCAGGUCACAGCUGUUGGUACGACUCCUGCCAAAGUCUCUGUGCAUUUUUUUCCCCCAUGUUUAGAAGCAAACCAACAAGUAUAGAGUUUGGCAAAUGGAAUGAGUAUCUGAGCAAAGAAACAGAGAUUUUUGACAAUACGGCUGUUUUAAUUUGUAAACUUGUGGAAAAAGUGUGACUCUAGAGAAGCAGAGAUGAUACUUUUUCUCAUUUUAGACAAAACACAAUGGACAUGAAUCAUCCUGUAGGUGGUUGUGACCUGACAAAUGUGCCUCUAAUGACUUAAUAUACUUGUGUGUUUAGUGAACAAGCUCCGUGAUACUUUUUGCCUCUUUUUUUCUGUUUUUGUUUUGCAUUACACCUGCUCUGUUGUGUUUUCCAAGGUGGGUAGAUGUUUAUGCAGUCCUCUGAUCUAGAGAUGCACCGAUCAGAUAUUUUCUGGCAAGUUUCCAGGUUUUUUUAAUUUUAUUUAUUUAUUUUUUUUUUAGAUCUGACUUGCCAAUUUCAAUUAUUUUCCCCAGGGAUUAUAAAACGUGUUCUGCAAGUUGUUUGACAAAGUUUGUGAUAAAUAAAGAAAUUUCAAGACUAUCCCCAUUUACAUUUGCUAUACAUCAAAGCAAAUGUCUCAAACCUUUAUCUGAUUUUUAAUAAAUCAGCUGCUUCAAAGUACUUGAUAUCAGUUGAUGCAUUUAUGGACCUAAAAUGGUGGGACUUAGUUAUGGUGCAUUUAAUAAUUUGAAAAUUAAAAAAAGAAAACAAAAUGUAUUAAUUGGUUAUUGGUGUUUCUCUACUUAUGGCCAUCAUAUGUCUCAAAAAUGUUCUCUUAUAAUUUUCUGUCUGCAUGUUCUUACUCAUCAAGUUGUGUAUAUUGUUUUGUUUCUUUCCCGUCAUUAAACAAACAUUGUUAGAA